AUGAAUGAAGGCGAUACGGCGGGAGGGCAACGUGGUCGAAUCCAGGCCCUUCCUGCUGGAACUGAUCGUAUAGCACCUACCGUUGUCAACUCUGUCCAGUUCUCCACUGGAUCGCACGAAUCCACAAGACCAAUGUCGCGUUCGUUAGAUGAAGACCAACAACAGCAACUGGAACAACAGUCUCAGCAGCGCCCGCAGCAACAGUCGAGCUCGCAGCACCGGCACCGAGAGCAACAGAGUCAGCAAAUGCAGUCUGCUGGAACACCGACGUCUUCGUCGUUGUCGUCAGCGUCCUCUAGUAAAGGCUUACCACUUCAGGAUUUGCAGCAGGCACCAUUUCAGGCAACUUCUAGCCACGUUAAUAACGCCGCGAAUGCAUCUAACGUUCAGCAACACCCCACGGCAUCAUCUCACACCCUCCAGCAGCAGCAGCAGGCUUACGUUAGUUCCGGUAGUAACACCGUAGGUAGGGCAACCGCGACCGGCGGCAUUGUGAAUAGCAGUGGUGGUGGUGGUGGUGGUGGUGACAGCAAUAAUGCAAUCGUUACCGGUGCGACGGGUAGCAUACGAACAGCAAGUCCUCCCGCUAGUACCAAGGGAGGGACCGUUUCUGGUGCUGAUGGUGGGAUAGUGGUGUUGUCGGGUGCGCCGCAUGAAAGUGAAUGCAGUGUUGGGAGCGAAACUGCAAGCGCAACGAGGGCAAGUACGUUCGGUGUUGUUAGUGAGGACGGCAACACCGCAGCAGCAGCUAGUGCAAGUGACGAAAAAGUAGGAACCAGUUCGGGGGUGGUGGUUGGCAAGGCGUAUGCGAGAACUAACCCUGCCGGAACCUUUUCGACGACGAAUUCGGCCUUGGGUGCUGCUGUUGCUGGAGGGACGGCAUCGAUUGCUACCACUGUUAGGUCGGUGUCGACUUUACCAUCCGGAUCCGGGGCGCAUAGCAGUAGUUUAGCUUCGUCGCCAUUAUCUAAAAAGCGCAUCAAGUUAGAAACGGACACUGCUGACGUAGAGAAUGAUAUUGAUGCGCUCAAGAAGCUGAUUCUUGAACACAAGUACAUGCGUUUAAGGAGCAUCAAGGAAAGAUACAAUGAACACGUAGCGGAAUUGUUUUUCCUUCAAACCGGUGGUAGUAUGAUGGAAUAUCCCGUAUGGAGAAAGAAACCAUCCACGCCAGCGUUUACCAAUUUCAUUCGUUCGUACAAGCUAGAGCCGUUGUCCAGCAAUCUGGAAGAGGCCGGAGAGGCUCUAAAGCAGCAAUCGACCCGAGCUCAAAGCGGAGUGUCUAAUGCGCUUUCCAGCAUUAAUAGUAUCAGCGUUACAGCUGCCAGUAGCAAUAGCGAUGUUGCAACAAAUCUGCCGCAAGGGGCGGAAAUCAAAAUACCCGGUGUUGGAGUUACACCAGUAGCCGUCUCGACGACACUGCCGGCUGCAGUGGCCCAGCUCACCCAACAAGGUGGAACGCCGAUCAUCCCUGAUAGGAUUGGAAUCGGUGCCGCGAGUGCAUCUUCAGCGAUUGAUCGGAAAAAACAAAUUUCCGCUUCAAUUGUAGCAGGAAGUCUUACGAUUAAAGCCGAGCUGUUGGAUGCAGUUGGUAGUCGUACCACGUCUCAGAGCACGUCAUGUGACUCUAACGGACCGAGUGCAUCGAGCAUACGAGGAAGCAUAGGCAUUAGUAACAGUCGCAGCGGCAGCAGUACAAGUAUUGCAGGAGCCUCUUUUGGGCUUCAAGGAGGUGCAGUGAAUAGCAUUCAACAACAGAAUGGGGUAGAGCUGGACAAUGCCAACGGCAACAAUGCAGUGGUUGCUGGAACACCGGCUGGUGAACAGUCUAGCCUACCUGGGGCUAGUGGGAGCAGUAAUGGUCCCGAGCAAUACACUAACAAAGCCCGCCAGGAAGUGUUUGUCAUGCAGCGAGUUCAAGAGUUACAAAAAGAAGGUCUGUGGACUGAAAAACGUCUCCCUAAGGUGCAGGAACCACCACGGCCAAAGGCUCACUGGGACUAUUUACUGGAGGAAAUGGUGUGGUUGGCCGCCGAUUUUGCGCAAGAACGGAAAUGGAAAAAAGCAUGUGCUCGCAAGUGUGCGCGUAUGGUGCAAAAACACUUUCAGGACAAAGCUUUGGCGGUACAGCGCGCGGAGAAAGCUCAAGAGUUGCAACUCAAGCGGAUAGCAGCCUUUGUUGCGAAGGAAGUUAAGACAUUCUGGUCGAACGCCGAAAAGCUUGUUGAGUACAAGCAGCAGAUGAAGCUGGAUGAGAAACGAAAGAAGGCUCUGGAUCAGCAGCUCAGCUUUAUCGUCGACCAGACAGAAAAGUACUCGCAGCAGCUGGUAGAAGGCAUGAACAAGGCCACCGCUACUGCUGGCACAAGUGGCGCCCUAGCUUCCGGUAGUAAGGCUGAGAGUUUAAAUUCCUCGCGUAUAUCUUCGCCUCGCCGCAGUGGAUUGACUGGUACCGACGAUGAGUUUUGUCCGGAGGCGGAAAGCUCCGAUGAUGACGAGGAGACCAUCGCAAAAGCCGAAGCGGAGGCGGAAGAUGGAACCAAAGAUGAGGUAGCCGCCCUGCAGAAGGAGUCUGAAAUGGACUUGGAUGAUUUCCUUAAGAAUCUGCCAAAAGACUAUUUGGAAAAUCGUGAUAAAAUAGUACUGUCAGACCCAGAUGAUAAAGACGAGGAUGAUAGCGAAAGUGGUGCUAAGGUGGAUGAAGACGGUGAUAAAGACUUUAGUGCUGAUGAAGAUAGUAUCGAUGAUGAGGAUACUAUUCGUGAGCAAGAAAAGAGAGAGAGGAAUCAGGAUCACAAAAAGGAAAUCGACGAUUUAAAUGCUGAAAAUGAAAUGAGCAUAGAAGAGCUAAAGGCAAAGUACAAAGACCUUCCAGUAGAGAGGAUGGAUGUGGAUUCUGAACCCGACGGUGAAGAGGUGGAGCUGGUUAAAGAGCGAAGUCGUAGAAAAACGAGGAAUCAUCCACAAUCUGAGUCAUCUCAGUCGGACGAGGACAAUGAGGACGAAGAGGAUAGCGAUGAAGACAAUAGUGAGGGCUUGACGGGAUCUGAAGACGAUGAUGAACUUGGUGAGGAAGAAUGGGAAGACGACGAACAAGCGAUGGACACCGAAGAAGAUGGCAUUGGAUUGAAAAAUCUGCUGGACGACGAAGCGGUAUCCUCGGGAAUGCCAUCUGUAAACGCAAAGAGCCAAAGCGAGAAGGAUGACAUGAUAAACGACGCAGCCGCUAUCGCCGAAAGUAUCCAACCCAAGGGCAAUACGCUUUCGUCUACCAGCGUUGUGACACCGAUUCCGAUUCUCCUGAAGCAUUCGCUUCGCGAGUACCAGCACAUCGGUCUGGAUUGGUUAGUCACAAUGCACGAUCGAAAAUUGAAUGGCAUUUUGGCGGACGAGAUGGGUUUGGGGAAGACGAUACAAACCAUUUCUUUGCUGGCGCAUUUAGCAUGCGUGAAGGGCAACUGGGGGCCGCAUUUAAUCAUUGUACCAUCCUCGGUUAUGCUAAACUGGGAGAUGGAGUUCAAAAAGUGGUGUCCGGGGUUUAAAAUAUUAACCUACUACGGUACGCCCAAGGAACGGAAAAUGAAGCGCACCGGUUGGACAAAAGUGAACGCGUUUCAUGUGUGUAUUACUUCAUACAAGCUAGUGAUUCAAGAUCACCAGAGUUUCCGGCGUAAAAAGUGGAAAUAUUUGAUCCUGGACGAGGCGCAGAACAUUAAGAACUUCAAGUCACAGCGCUGGCAGCUGCUAUUGAACUUCCAAACGGAACAACGGCUGCUUCUUACCGGAACGCCGCUGCAGAACAAUUUGAUGGAACUUUGGUCGCUGAUGCAUUUUCUAAUGCCCCAUGUGUUUCAAUCUCAUCGGGAAUUCAAGGAAUGGUUUUCCAAUCCGAUGUCCGGCAUGAUUGAAGGCAACUCUGAGUACAAUGAAACUAUUAUCAAACGCCUUCACAAGGUCCUACGUCCCUUCCUGCUGCGGAGGUUGAAAUCGGAAGUGGAGAAGCAAAUGCCUAAAAAGUACGAACACGUAGUCAUGUGCAGGUUAUCCAAACGCCAACGAUUUCUCUAUGAUGACUUCAUGAGUCGUGCAAAAACAAGAGAAACGCUAGCGUCGGGUAAUCUGUUAAGUGUUAUUAAUGUGUUAAUGCAACUGCGCAAGGUGUGCAAUCAUCCGAACAUGUUUGAGGAACGACCCACGAUAUCUCCUUUCCGGAUGGAAGGAAUAUGUUUUAAAACGGCCUCCCUCGUUUAUAACAUGUUCAAUUAUGAUCCGUUUACUCAAAUUGAUCUGUCUUCCUUAAAUUUAGUUUUAAUUCAACUGGAGUUGUUGCUACCAGCGUACGUAGCGCACCGAUCGCAGCGGCUAUGUAUGCCGAAGCGCUUAAUCGAGGAAAUCGAUUCAACUCCACUGCCACCGCCCCGGUGCCCAACUGGCAAACUACGGUUGCAUGUCCGUAUACCGGAUUGUCGAGUGCAGGAAUCGAUCGGUGGUGGCAACCGUGCUGGCAUUAGUGCCAGUACGGGCGUCCGCGUUGGCACCAGCCCAGCGAUGAAGACUGAAGGGACGAAGUUCGUUCCGCUUGUAAAUCCUGAAGCAUCUUUAGAUAAGAAAUCAUCGCUCAUAGCUUCUAGCGCACAGUUCAGAACCAUUGACAUGCGACGGCGAGUACCGACGAUGAUGAUGAUGAUGGGAGGGACAACGGCAGAAUCCUACGUGACAGGUGGAACAGCUAGUGGAAUGAGCAGUAGGAGUUCAUCGCCUGGUUUAAUUUUACGCAAACGUUGUGAUAUUGGUGGUGGCGGUAAUGUCGCGUCCGUGAAUAAUCAGCUACUACAGCAACCGCACCAACAGGCGCAACAGAGCCGGUUAAGUACCGGACAGGUCGUGCAGAUCAUUCCUCAGGUGUCAUCAGGUGUGGCAGGCGUGAAUACUUCAUCGUCCUACAUCAUCACCGGACGCUUACAACCUGCCACUAGUGGCGGUAGUCUAGGAAUGUUUCCACGAUCAUCCGUUUCGUCAACGACUGCUGGAGCAAAUGUUGCGUCAAUGCAACGAAUAUUAACUACCGAAUCGGUUGCGCAAUCCAAUCCGACCCUGCUGACGACCAGUGCUAAUAGAAUGGUUCACAGUGUCGGUCAUCAGACGCAAAUCUCAUCCACGCUAGCUGCAACGAUCAUGAAAAAGUUAAAAACUAAUUCUUGCUCGACCCCUAAGAGUGUUGUGUCUGCUGGCAACAAACUUGGAACAAGAGCUUCUGCGGCCGACUUGGAGGAGCGACAGCGGACCGAAUUUUACCUCGCACGUAUUGAGGAAUCGCGGAAAGAGCGCCGCCGUGACGUUUUGGAACUGCUAGGACGCAUCAACACGAAUCGGUGCGAUGCGUCUCCAAUUUACGGGAAAGAUUUGAGAGAAACGAUUUGUUCGUUGAUCGAUGAAGAAUUUCGUCAGCGACCCAGUGAAUUGAUUCCGUUUGGAGUUGCCGGUGCGUAUUACACACGCGAGGCGACCAUGGCACAAAGCAAUGGUAACGGUGACGUUGCGUUGGCUGCCAGUGGAAGUCUCGCGAAGGCGAUUAAGACGAUCGGUGAGCGAGCGGAAGAUCUACGUGCUAUGAUCUCGAAUUUUGUCCUCUUUGUACCUGCCGUGUGUGCGCCGACACCGUAUCUGCAAGUAUCACAUCCGUACCCUUCCAUGCUGAACGCUGAACGCAGGUGGGAAACGACGAUGACGGAGCAAAUUCGACCAGCCAUUCAGCUGCUCCAUCCGAUCAUUUCGGCCAUGAGCACACAGUUCCCAGACCCCCGCCUGAUACAGUAUGAUUGUGGUAAACUGCAAACAUUGGACAGACUGUUAAAAAACUUGAAAUCAGAGGGUCACCGUGUUCUGAUUUUCACUCAAAUGACUCGCAUGCUUGAUGUGCUGGAAGCGUUUCUUAACUACCACGGUCAUAUUUACCUACGGUUGGAUGGCACGACGAAAGUGGAACAGCGGCAGGUGUUGAUGGAACGAUUCAACAACGAUAAACGUAUGUUCGCGUUCAUUUUGUCGACUCGGUCUGGAGGCGUCGGUGUUAAUCUGACCGGCGCCGAUACUGUGAUAUUUUAUGACUCCGAUUGGAAUCCAACGAUGGAUGCCCAAGCACAGGAUCGAUGUCAUCGGAUUGGUCAAACGCGUGACGUCCACAUCUAUCGGCUGGUGAGCGAGAAGACUAUCGAAGAAAACAUUUUAAAGAAGGCAAACCAGAAGCGUAUUCUUGGCGAUCUGGCAAUUGAAGGUGGCAAUUUUACGACGGCCUACUUCAAGAGUUCCACCACCGUUCAGGAUUUGUUCACGGUAGAUAACGCAGAACAGAAUGCUUCCGCUCGAUUGGCUGAAGUGCUGGAUCGUGAUCGAGAACGAAAAGAACGGUUGAAUGCGAAUCUCGUAACGUCCACCACGCCACCGGCCACCGAGGUGGAAUCUAAUAAAUCGGCAAUCAACGUGUUUGAGUGCGCACUGGCAGCCGCGGAGGACGAUCAGGAUGUGCAGGCGGCUAAUUUUGCUAAAGCCGAAGCCUCUGCCGAUUUGGAUGAGUUCGACGAAAACAUUCCGAUCGAUGAAGAUAGGGGGGCUGCAGCAGUAACCGCUGGAAGUGAUGGCAAAGAACCAGAGUUGAGUAAGGCCGAAAAAGAGGUUCAGAAUCUAAUUAAACAGUUGAAUCCAGUCGAGCGUUACGCUAUGCGUUUCGUCGAGGACACCGAAGGUACCUGGACUGCGGUGCAGUUGAAAGUAGUUGAACAAGAGAUAGAGCAACAGAAGCGUGAUUGGGAAGCAAAUCGAUUAGCUGAACAGCGACGCAACGAAGAAGCAGUACGAAAGCGCGAAGCCGAAGAACACGCUGAUCUUCUGACCUUCUCCCGGGAGGAUGCCAAAAACCAGAUAUGGAUAUCGGAUAGCACGAUGGAGAAAAUGCCGAUGUGGUGUCCACCGACGCCUCCGCAAGAUGAUAAUGAUCUGUACGUUGAUCAUUCAUUAACAUUUCUGUACGACACGUGCGAGAUAAUUCCAGAAACCGACCUACCUGCGGUGUAUGUUAAAAAGGAAUAUAAACGCAGCCGUUCGGAGGCCGGAUUUUAUCCCGAUGGACGAAGACCACAAAAGAUUCGUCGUGAAGAUACCUACUACGCCCCACGCUCGUUGUUUGAUCGGCCAACGCCGCAAAUGGCGAAGAUGCGCAAGGAGUACAAAUUGCAGCGAUACAAGGGCAUCAUCAAACCCUUCCCGCCGAUGCUGGCUAUGAAACCUGUAACCAUUCCGAUGAAACCUCCGGUCGAACCGGAAGGUGGCAUACCAGAGUGGACGGUGUACGAGGAUAUGGCGAUUUUGAACGUGGUGCAGAAUCUACAGGGGCUACCGAUGAAUCUUAUGCUGAUUUCUCCGGGCCAUACGCCGAACUGGGAUCUAGUGGCGGAUAUUGUAAAUCAAUCCUCACGGACAUACCGGUUGCCGAAGCAGUGCCGCUAUCGUUACGAAUCCGUCAUACUUCCCCGUGAGGAAGGUAAACUGCUCGAAAGUCCGAAGAAGCAAAAGAAAAAUAAGAACCCCCUUAAGCAGUCACCCUCGUCGUCGUCGUCGCCGCCGUUAACAUCCGGUCCGUCGCCACCGAAACAGAUUCGAUCGAUGCGUACAGGACAGCUGUACACGAGCGAUGCGAACAGCUCGUUCAUCAAGCUGAUGCGCCAAAAAUUCGACAACAUACGGAACGCAUUUGGGAAGAAACCUCCCCCGGGCAAGACAUCGCUUGCUGUUGUCUUGCCGGCCGCAUUGAAGAACCCAAAGCAUGCUGUCGUGCUGGCUAAGCACGGAAUUAGUGGAUACGAAAGCCCGCUAACACCGGUCGAGAUAGCUACAAGGCGUGCCGAACGUAUUCUGAAGGAAAAGCAGAAACUAACCAUCGCCCAAGAGCAACAACAGAACACUCCGCAAGCCGCCACGCAAGCUCAGCCAGCCCAGCAAGCGCAACAAGUCCAGUCUCAGCAGCACCAACACGUGCAGUUGCAGGUCGCCAACAGCAAUGCAGUAUCGCAGGCAACGACCGUCGUUGCCACGAUUCAACAACAGCAACAGCAACCGCAAAUUGCUACUGCAACACUUGUGGGUGUACAGCCGAUCGUAACGACCCCGCAGCAAGUUACGGCUCAAUCUCAUGUGCAAGCCAACGUCCAACAGCAGCAACCCUCAGCGGCUACCGUACAAGCGGUGACGGUUGCAACUCCUACGCAGCACCUUCUUCAGCAACAGCUUCAAAUUCAAGCGCACGCUCUGCCACAGCAACAGCAACAAGUAGCAACGCAAGGGCAGCAAAUAUCAACAACGUCAGGACAGGGCAUACAGCAGGCGACUAUCGUUGUGUGCGGCGUGUCGACGAACCCAACCCCCACCGUGGCCACAAUCGUUCAAGCGAGUCGUGGAGGCGUUCAACCGGUGGUGAAUAUAUGUCCCAGCCCGGGCCAGACUCAACAACAAACGCAGCAAAUCGUCAAAGCCAUUGUGGCCAGCCCGGCGAGUCAGAAUCUGCUUACACAGCAGCUGGCACAGGUAGCCGCCCAGCAAAGCACCAACGCCCAGCAGCAGGGUCAACCGGGACAACCACAGCAAGUUUCGGUCGUCCUGACCACACCAGUUACCACAAUGUCGGGUGUUAGCUCGGUGCAGUUGUCCUCGCAACCGCAAAUUGUGUCAAUUCACCAGUCAGCGGGAUCGCAGCAACAGCAGCUAUUGCAGAGCGUCACCGCAACAACGAUCGCCCAAGCGUCCUCUUCCUCGAUCGUCAGCCAGGUCGCCACCGGUCAGUCGAUUCCGCAGGUCGUCUCGGUAGCGCAGCUGAGUAGUGUCAUGGCGACGGGAGCGGCAAGCAGUGCAACGAUACAGCCUACACAGGUAGCCACACUGACGACAUCGGCUCUGCGAGCCCAGCGAAUUGUUACACCGACUGGAACCCUGCAGGAGGUGGUGUUACAUCAACGAUCGGGUUCACAGAGCCCCACCGUGGUCAGCGUGAGCAGCCUUGGCGGAGGCCUAACACAAGCCCAGCUGCAAACCGCACAGUUGCGCCUCUCGAUGGCAGGUGCCCAGCAAGUGUCCGGAGUUGUGGCUAAAUCCAUUCCCGUAGGCACGGUUACCAGCGCCGGUAAGCCGGUGAACACGCCGCAGAUUCAGUUCUACCGACCGCAAUCGAUCCGACAACAACUGAAGGUAUUGCAUCCGGGUACGGCGGCGCAGGUCACCACCACCGGAGGAACAACGGCCACCGUGCUGCAGGCUGCUGCCGGCCAACCUACGAUUGUCAGUCCGGCCAUCAUCCAGGGUAACAUCAUCCAAACCGGCACGGUGGGUCAAACGGUACAAGUGCAGCAAGCGGGUGCCGCCGUUGGAUCGGCCGCUGGUGGAACAGCCGUGGUUCAGAAGGUGUCCGGAAUAACUACGGUGACUGGAGCAAAUGCCUCGACCCAGGUCGUUUCGGCAACCGGUGGUACGAUCGUAUCACAGACCCCGACGGCGGUGGCAACGGGCACGGGCAACACCAUCGCGACCGUACAGGUGCUCCAAGGGCAACCGCGAAUGCAGUACAUUAAGCAGCUCGGUGGUACGAAGCACAUGAUAACCCGCCCGGUGACGGAGAACGAGAUGCAGCUGAUGGUAAAGCGACAGAUCAUCAGCCAGCAGCAGCAACAGCAGCAACAACAGCAGCAUACGAAGCAACAGCUCAUCCCUCAGGCUCAAAUCUUCGCCCAGGCCAACCUGCAGGUCCAACAAGCCGGUACUUCGGGUGGACAACAGAUAGCGACGUUGGUGAAGACCACGGGUGGUACGGUUGCCGCUACCGGGAUGACCCUCUCCCAGGUCAAACCAGGUCAACUAAAGACGAUUAGCAAUCAGAGCCAAGUUCGUCAACUGCAACUGCAACAGCAGAUCUUGGCCCAACAGCGCAAGGGUGCCGGCAAGAUGACGCAAAUCACACAGGUCGCUGGUAAAGCGGGCCAACCGACACAAGUGUUCCUGCAGGGACCGAAAAAUCUCGCCUCCGGUACGACGAUGACCAUGCAGCAGAUGCAGAAUGUUAUUCGCCACACGCACCAGGGCCAGAUCGUGCUCGGUAAAACCGGCGUAAGUCGAAUGAUCCCCGUUUCCAUGUCGCAGCAACCGAACCGACAAACGAUUCAGGUGGUAACGGCUACAUCCGCUGCGCAGGCCAUUGCAGCGGGUAACAUCCGUGCGCAUGUGCCGGGACAAAACAUUGGCACGAUCAAGGUGGCAGGUGGUUCCACCACCGCCCAACAGCAGCAAGUUAUUUUGAACGCCAUACAAAGCCAACAGUCGGCGCGUUCUAAUGCCAGCCCCGUGCGACUGCAAACUACUGCCGGCGGAUCGCUGGUGGCCGUAACAAUGCAACAACCCCAGCAAGUGGUUGGGGUUGCGAGUGGAGCUUCCACGGUUGCAGCGAAUGUAUCCCAGACGGCUGGUGGCACCGUGGGUGCGCCCGAGGCAAGCCAGACUUCCGGCGGAUUAGGAGCUGGUGGUAGUGCCGGUAACAGUGCAACGAUGCAGCCUCAGUCUGGCGUAAGCGGCUCGGCACAGGUUGUCACUGCUGCCCAACAAGUACUGACGUUGCAGCAGCAAACAGCACAACAACUGAUCAACGCAAGCAGCAGUACCACGAUGGUACAGACUGCAGCUGAAGGCGUACCCGUUUCUCAAGGCACUGGCGUGGCAGGUUCGAGCUCCGGUUCUGCAACACCCACUGGGACUGCGCAACAAGUGCAAGUGUCUUCGUCCUCCGUGGUGAGCGCAUCUGUUGUAAGUGCAACGGGUGGGGCUAGUAGCGCAACAGCCACAACACCUCAACCAGCCCAACAAUCAUCGCAGCAACAGCAGCAGCAAGUGAGUAUGAUUAAGAAGAAGCAAUCACCUAGUGUGGCCAAGUAG